UGUGUUACAUAAGACAUAGCAUUAUUAGUGUAUCAUUUUUGUUUUGGCGAUCAAACCAGCAUCGUGUAAUAGAUAUUUUAUUUCAUUUAUGUGCGGUUUAGUGUAUACAAUUAUUAAUCUACUAUGAAUCAACCUAAUAAUGGAUCUUCUGGUGUUUCAGGAAAGGAAAACCAGAAAAAAGGUAUUCAACAAGAUAAUUCAAAUAUUAAUGUUGGGAAAAGUCAAGGACCAUUAAAUUCAGAACAAUAUGACCUUCCAAUAACACCUCAAAGCAAGCCAAAUACAAAACAGCAGACUAACCAGAACGAUAAUCAACGUAUGGAGGUUAAUCCAAUUCAAGAACAAUCUGAAGGUAAAAAUCUAUCUGCAAUGCCACAAUCAUUUCCAACUCAAGGCAGCAAUCAACAAAUUGAACACUUAAUUAAUAUACUUAAGAGUAAAUUAAUUAUUCCUAAAAGAAGAAAUCUUGAGAUUGGAGGUUCUAUGGGACGUGCAACUGAGGUUGAAGUGAAUCAUCUUCCUCUUAACUUAGACAAAUUCUUCAAUAAAGUUAUCUACCACACGGAUGUAAAAUUCAAACCGGAACUACCAAGAAAACUUCUUAGAGUUGCUUUGGAAGAAUUUAAUAAUGAGCAUUAUCCAAAUAUUCAUUUUGCAUUUGAUGGAAAAAGGAAUAUGUUUACAGUAUCAGAGAUAAAAGGGAAAACUGAUGUAAUUAAGGUUUUCAAUGAUGAAACUAAUCGAUCUGUGGAUUUUACUAUUAUUACCUCAGCUGUUAAAAUAAUUCCAAUGAACAAAAUUCCGGAAUAUUUCAAUUCUGGUUUAUCUGUUAAUUUACUAGGUGAUGCAUCUCAUGUAUUGGACAUUAUACUAAAAAAUCGACCACUUUCAUUAAGAUGCAUUAAUUAUGGAAAAACAUUUUUUCCAUCACCAUGUAUCACACCAGUUGACUUAGGUGAUGGAAUGGAAUUAUGGAAAGGAUUUUUUCAAAGUCCUGUUAUGGGUUGGAAACCUUAUCUUAAAGUAGAUGUGGCAUACAAAGAAUUUCCUAAGAAACAACCGUUAAUUUCUUACAUUACAAAUGAUUUGCAAGUUAAUCCCAACUCAGAAAUGGAUUUGAAGAAUAUCUUCAAAUUAUUAAAUUAUGUUAAAGGAUUAAAAGUUGAGUUUAUGAUUCCAAUGCAACCCAGUACAAAACGUGUAUUUAAAGUAGUUGAUAUUUUGGAUAGUGCCUCUAAAUUUACACUUAAAACGAAGGAUCCUGUUAAAGGCAAUCUGACACUUAAUUUAGUAAAAUAUUACAAGAUGGUACAUGACUAUAUUAUCAAAUAUCCAAAUUUACCUUGUUUACAUGUUGGCCACAUUAAUAAGAAAAUGGCUAUUCCAAUUGAAUUAUGCAUUAUUCAAAAUGGACAAUUGUGUUCGAAAAAUUUAUCUGAAAUGCAAACUGGAAUUAUGUUGAAGAAUACAGUUUAUCCUCCUAGAGAACGACAACAAGCUAUUAAAAAUUCAAUCAAAAACAUGAACUACAGCCAAGAUCCUGUUUUGAAAGAAUUUGGUAUUGAUAUUAAAGAACAGUUUGCUUCAAUACCAGCAAGAGUUUUGGAUCAACCUUCCUUAACAUAUGCUCAAAAUAAGGAAAUUAAACCAAAAGCUGGUAUUUGGAAAGCAGAUAAAUUUGUUAAAGCUGUACCUAUUAAAAACUGGGUUGUGUUGAAUCUGGAUCGACAAAUUAAUAUAACAUCCAUAAAGAACUUUGAAAAAAUGUUGAUGUCGAGUGGUAAAGAUUUGAAUGUUACUAUAGACCCAAUGAAUCGUGCCAUCAACUUAUUUAUUCCAAGGACAUUUAAUUUAGAUGAAUAUAAGACCAAAGUUGAAAGCAUUUUUACAAAAUUAAAAGCUUACGAUACAGAGAUAAUUUUUGUUAUUUUUCCAGAAUUUCCUAAAGGAGUUUAUGGUAUUAUAAAGCAAAAAGCAGAAUUGGAAGUUGGUGUUCUUACACAAUGUAUUAAAUCUAAGACUAUGUCUAAAAUGAAUACUUCAACAACUUUCAGUAUUUUACAAAAAAUAAAUACAAAAUUGAAUGGAACCAAUCACACUAUUCAUGACAAAAACAGCCCACCUUGUAUGGCUGAUGCAAUUAUUUUUGGAGCUGAUGUGACACAUCCAAAGUCUGAGACUCCUACUACUCCAUCAGUUGCUGCUGUAGUAGCCAGUCAUGAUAUUAAUGGAAGCCAAUAUAAUAUGGAAUGGCGUUUACAAGCUCCCGGAGAAGAAAUUAUUCAAGAUCUAGAAAAUAUUAUUCAUGCACAGUUGCUUAAAUUCAAAGAUAAAACAAACACCAUGCCAAAAAAAAUAUUUUAUUUUAGAGAUGGUUUAAGAAAAGGUCAAUUUCAGCAGUUAUUGGAUUUCGAACUGGUUGCUAUUCGUAGAGCUUGCCUUAGACUCCAUAUUAACUACCAACCUCCAGUGACAUUUUUGAUCGUUCAGAAACGACAUCUCACUAGAAUGUUUCCCAAGUUUAACUAUGAUAUGGAUAGAAAGUUUUCUAAUAUUACUCCUGGCAUGAUUGUAGACACUCAAAUUACACAUCCAACAGAACUUAAUUUUUAUUUAUGUAGCCAUUCUAGUAUUCAAGGCACAUCCAAACCAACCAAGUAUCAUCUUAUAUGGAAUGAAAAUAAUUUGACUGAAGAUCAGUUAGAACAACUGACAUUCUACCUUUGUUUCAUAUUUGCACGCUGUACUAAAUCUGUUUCAUAUCCAGCACCUACAUACUAUGCUCAUUUAGCUGCAUUUAGAGCACGAACUUAUCUUGAAAACAAAACCAUCAACCUCAAUCGUUUAGAUGACGAGCAAUCCAAAAAUAAGCUGAACCAUUCAUUCACAGAUAAAACACCAAUGUUUUUUAUUUAAUAUCUUUUUUGUAAUUAUUAUCUUAUUUUUUAAUUUUUUUUUUUUGAGAACUAAAAUAUAUUGUUAUAUUAUUAUCUAUAAAUACGGUAAAAUUCACUUAAGAUGCUCUUCAAGGAGUAUUCUCUAAAGCAUCUUAUGCAGGAAUUUUAAAAAAAAAUUAAUAGUUAAAACAUUGAGUUCAUUUAUUUAUAUUGAUAAAAGUAUCACAUUUUAUUAAUAUAAUCCAACAUAUUUUCUAAUUAAUUUAUUAUUUUUAAAAUUGUUAUUAUUAUAAUAUAUACUCUAUUUCAAAUGAGAUCAGUCUUUGGAAGCCGAGUUGUUCGCACGGGCGCGGUCGACCCCUUUGGUAGAGCUGCAGUCGAACAACUACUAAGUGGAAGAACUUGACCGCCACCGUACGAAAAUUGGUCGACGCGCAAGGCUGAUCUCAUUUGAAAUAGAGUAUACAAUUAUUAAAAUUUAUCUCCUGAACAAAAUAGUCUUAUCCGAUUAGAUAGAGAAAAAUCAAGCAUUUUAAGUAAGUUUUACUGUAUCUAGAUUUAAUGACCUAGUAUAUUCAUGUUCUCUUUUUUUUUUUAUUAUUAUACUUUUUUUUGUAUUCAAUUUUACUUUAUUAAUAAAUUCACAUUCCUACUUA